UCAAUCGCCGCACCCAUGGUGCAGACGUUCCCUCUGCAGACCAGCAACAUCGCCAACACGGCGGCGGCGGCGGCGGCGGGGGGGCGGAAGGGUAAGACCAUCGAGGAGACCUACCAGAAGAAGUCCCAGCUGGAGCACAUCCUCCUCCGCCCCGACACCUACAUCGGCUCCGUCGAGAAGCACACCCAGGCGCUCUGGGUGUACGAGGGCGACGAGAUGGUGCACCGACCCGUCACCUACGUCCCCGGCCUCUACGAGAUCUUCGACGAGAUCCUCGUCAACGCCGCCGACAACAAGCAGCGCGACCCCAGGAUGGACUCCCUGAAGGUGACCAUCGACCCGGAGAGGAACCUCGUCAGCGUCUACAACAACGGGGAUGGCGUGCCCGUGGAGAUGCACCGGGAGGAGAAGGUCUACGUGCCGGAGUUGAUCUUCGGGCACUUGCUGACCAGCAGCAACUACGACGACACGGUGAAGAAGACGACGGGAGGGAGAAAUGGGUAUGGCGCUAAGCUCACGAAUAUAUUCUCGACGGAGUUUGUCAUUGAGACGGCGGACGGCAAGAAUGGCCUGAAGUACAAGCAGGUUUUCUCAAAGAACAUGGGAGUAAAAGGUGCACCUGAUAUUAAGCCUUGCAAGGCGGGCGAAAACUGGACCAAGGUCUCAUUCAAACCAGACUUGGCAAAGUUUAUUAUGUCCCACCUUGAAGAUGAUGUGGUUGCUCUGAUGAAAAAGCUCGUCGUUGACAUGGCUGGGUGUCUCGGAAAAACCGUGAAGGUCGAGCUGAAUGGGAGAAGGGUUCCUGUCAAAACAUUUGCUGAAUAUGUCGGCCUGUGUCUGAAAUCUGCCUCUAAAAAUAGACCAGAAUGCUCCCUCCCAAGGAUUGAGGAGACUGUGAAUGAGCGGUGGGAAAUCUGUGUAAGCCUAAGCGAAGGACAGUUUCAACAGGUCAGCUUUGUGAAUGAGAUAGCUACAGUUAAGGGAGGGACGCAUGUUGAUUAUGUGACCAAUCAGAUUGCCAACCAUGUUAUGAGUGUUGUGAACAAGAAGAACAAGAAUGCCAACCUCAAAGCCCAUAACGUUAAGAGUCAUUUAUGGGUUUUUGUCAAUGCCCUCAUUGACAAUCCUGCAUUUGACUCUCAAACCAAGGAAACUUUGACACUUCGUCAGAGCAGCUUCGGGUCCAAGUGUGAACUAUCUGACAAGUUCCUACAAAAAGUGGCAAAGUCUGGAAUUGUUGAGUCUCUCCUCUCAUGGGCAAAUUUCAAGCAGAGCAAAGACCUAAAGAAAACUGAUGGGUCGAAGAGAGAGAACCUCCGUGGGAUUCCCAAGCUCGAGGAUGCUAAUGACGCUGGAGGUAGAAACUCUGAUAAGUGCACCCUGAUUUUGACAGAAGGAGAUUCAGCAAAGGCCCUUGCAAUGGCUGGGCUUUCUGUUGUCGGUCGAGAUCGUUAUGGUGUGUUUCCUUUGAGAGGUAAAUUGCUCAACGUGAGGGAAGCCAGCCAUAGUCAAAUAAUGGAAAACAAAGAGAUACAAUUCAUCAAGCAGAUUCUUGGGUUGCAGCAAAAUAAGGAUUAUGACAGUGUCAAAUCGUUAAGAUAUGGUCAUUUGAUGAUAAUGACAGACCAGGAUCAUGAUGGUUCCCACAUUAAAGGCCUCUUAAUUAACUUCAUUCAUUCAUUCUGGCCAUCCUUGCUCAAAGUUCCAUCUUUCCUAGUGGAAUUUAUCACUCCCAUUGUCAAGGCUGCUCAUAAAAAUGGAAGAGAAUUAAGUUUCUAUACAAUGCCAGAAUAUGAGUCUUGGAAGGAAAGUUUGAGGGGCAAUGGAAGUGGGUGGUCAAUCAAGUACUAUAAGGGGUUGGGAACAAGCACCUCAAAAGAGGGGAAGCAAUACUUCCAAAAUCUUGAAAUGCACAAGAAGGAUUUUGUCUGGGUUGAUGACCAAGACGGAGAUGCAAUUGAGCUUGCUUUUAGCAAGAAGAAGAUCGAAGCAAGGAAGACUUGGCUUCGUCAGUUCGAGCCUGGCACUUAUCUUGAUCAGAAGGAGAAGCUCAUUAAGUACAGCGACUUUGUUAAUAAGGAGCUGAUAUUGUUUUCAAUGGCUGAUCUUCAAAGAUCAAUUCCUUCCAUGGUCGAUGGCCUCAAGCCAGGUCAAAGGAAAAUUCUUUUCUGCUCAUUUAAAAGGAAUUUCAUCAAAGAGGGCUACGAAGCUGGUAUGGCAAAGAUGUUGCUGGAGAAAGUGCAGUGUGACCAUCGCAGAAGAUGGGUGGAGGGGCUCCCUGAAAAACUAAAAUCGGGUACGUCGUCGUUUGGCCUGCUAGCAUUAGCAUGUGGAAAGUUAAAUUUUCACUGUUGAACAACAUCUUCUCCUCGUUGUCUUGCAAUUGCAGGGUA